AUGAAGCUAUCGUCUUUAGUCUUCAGUUUUCUUUGUGGCUUGCUCAACUCUCCAGCUCCAGUGCUGGCCAAUGACUUUGCAUCGUUUCUGAGCGCCAAUGCCUCGCUGGCUGUGGUCGUGGACUAUGAAUACAUGGCCACACAUCGGCAGAAUAUAAUGGCGCAUUUUGAAAAGAUUCUCAGUGAUAUAAUACGCGAGAAUAUGAAGAUAGGCGGCAUCAAUGUGCGCUACUUUACAUGGAACUCCGUCAAAAUUAAGAAAGACUUUUUGGCAGCCAUAACAGUGACGGAUUGCGAGGGCACCUGGAACUUUUAUAAAAGCACUCAACGAUCAUCUAUACUGCUGAUUGCGAUUACUGACUCGGAUUGCCCACGUCUGCCAGUAAAUCGUGCGCUGAUGAUUCCUAUGGUUUCCAAAGGCGAUGAGCUCCCCCAAAUCGUGCUCGAUGCCAAAGUUCAGAGAAUACUUAAGUGGAAGUCGGUGAUUGUGCUCGUAGACCAAAAUAUUCUUGAGAACAAUCCAAUGCUGGUCAAGUCAGUCGUGCACGAGAGCACCACCAACCACAUACCACCACUAUCACUAACUCUGUACAACAUUGACGAAACGCUUCGUGGGCCUCAGAAACGCAUGGCGCUGCGUCAGGCAUUGUCUCAAUUUGCACCCGCCAAACAUGAGCUGAAACGGCAACAAUUUUUGGUAAUAUCCAAAUUUCAUGAGGAUAUUAUUGAGAUAGCCGAAACGCUGAGUAUGUUCCAUGUGAACAAUCAGUGGAUGUUCUUUGUUUUGGAGGACCAGCGUGGUGACUUUGAUGCCAAUACUGUGACCAUAAAUCUAGAUGAGGGUGCAAAUAUAGCCUUUGCACUGAACGAAACGGUCUCUGAUUGCGUGGACACAUUGAACUGUACCAUAUCAGAAGUUUCAAUGGCUGUGGUCACCUCGCUGUCACGCAUGAUACUCGAAGAGCAAUCCAUAUAUGGCAAAAUAUCCGAUGAGGAGUGGGAGUCGAUACGUUUUACCAAGCAAGAGAAACAGGACGCAAUGCUUGAGUACAUGAAAGAAUACCUUAAGGCAAACAGUAAAUGCGCAAGCUGCGCACGUUGGCGCAUUGAAACAGCCAUCACCUGGGGCAAGAGUCAGGAAAAUCGAAAAUUUCGCACAACGCCUACUCGCGAUGCUAAGAAUCGGAACUUUGAGUUCAUCAAUAUUGGUUACUGGACUCCAUUGCUGGGCUUCAUGUGUCAUGAGCUAACCUUUCCCCAUAUUGAUCACCAUUUUCGUAACAUCACCAUGGACAUUGUGACAGUGCAUAAUCCUCCCUGGCAAAUCUUAACCAAGGAUAGUCGCGGCGUCAUCGUCGAGCAUUCGGGCAUUGUCAUGGAAAUAUUGAAGGAACUAAGCCGCGCCUUGAACUUCAGCUACUAUUUGCAUGAGGGCCAUUCAUCGGAUACUGAUGACACGAUCAGACAGAACAUGAAUGACAGUGAUGAAUUGAUGGGCUCGAUGACCUAUCGCAUUCCCUAUCGAGUGGUUGAGUUAAUGCAAAGCAAUGCGUACUUUAUGGGCGCCGUGGCCGCCACUAUUGAUGAGCCAUCCAAGAAACACUUCAACUACACACAACCCAUAAGUAUACAAAAGUACACGUUCAUUCUCCGCCAACCGGAUGAGGUGAGUCGCAUCUAUCUGUUCACGGCUCCGUUCACCCUAGAGACCUGGGGAUGCCUGGCAGGGAUUUUGCUUUUUACGGCGCCCAUACUGUACUUCGUAAAUCGUCUAAUGCCACUACCUGAGCUUCGAAUUCACGGUCUGUCCACCGUGAAAAACUGUUUCUGGUAUAUUUAUGGAGCCUUGCUGCAACAAGGUGGCAUGUAUCUGCCUCGUGCGGAUAGUGGAAGAUUGGUGGUUGGCUUCUGGUGGCUCGUGGUUAUCGUAUUGGUUACCACUUAUUGCGGGAAUCUCGUUGCAUUUCUAACAUUCCCAAAGUUUCAGCCGGGCGUUGAUUACCUCCAUCAAUUGUUCGCUCAUAAGGAAAUCAAGCAAUACGGCCUGCGCAAUGGCACCUUUUUUGAGAAGUACGUAGAGGCCACGACACGGGAGGACUUCAAGCGGUUCAUUGCGCGCUCUUCAAUCUACAACAGCGUACAGAGCGAGAAUAUUGAUGCAGUGAAGCAUGGUGAUCGGAUCAAUAUCGAUUGGCGUAUUAACCUCCAGCUUAUUGUACAACAGCACUUUGAGUUGGAUAAGGAGUGCCGAUUUGCAUUAGGCAAGGAAGAUUUUGUCGAUGAGCAGAUUGGAUUAAUGGUGCCCACAGGCAGUGCUUAUUUACAUUUGAUUAACCACCACAUAGAUAGACUCUUCCGCAUGGGAUUCAUUGAUCGCUGGCAUAAAACUAAUUUGCCUUCCAUGGACAAAUGUAAUGGAAAGAAUAUGCAACGUCAGAUUGCCAAUCACAAAGUUAACAUGGAUGAUAUGCAGGGCUGUUUUAUGGUACUACUCUUUGGCGUAAUUUUGGCGACGAUUGUGAGCUGCUUUGAGUUCUGGUAUCACCGGUUCUUUGUGGUUAGCAGGGAGCGCAAACGUGUGCCCUUUUCCAAUUGAGAAACACAUAAGAUGCGUCGGAUUACAGCUUGAAAUGCGUAAAAUAAGUUUUGUUUAAUUGUUGAAAAUUACUUAUAUGAACAUUAUUUUGCAAUAAAAAUAGCUCAGCUUCUGUUCAUCAAUCCUUCUGCAAACUGAUCCACUUUACG